CUUCUAGUUAUUAUAUUGGAAUUUGGUACGAAAAUAUUAGUCCAAUGACCAUAGUUUGGGUAGCAAAUAGGGAGACACCCAUUUCAGACAUGAACUCUACAUUACUAAAGAUUUUAGAUGAGAAUUUGGUGCUUAUGGUUGAGUCCCAGGUUUCAAUUUGGUCCACAAAUGUAAAUUUGACAACCUCAAAUUCUGUAGUGGCAACUCUAGAUGAUAAUGGAAAUUUAGUUUUGAGAGAUGAGUCAGAACCUAGGACAAGUGAAGCACUAUGGCAAAGUUUUGAUAAUCCAACAGAUACGUUGUUGCCCAGUAGCAAGAUUACCUACGACAAACACACAAAAAAAAAAGAGAAAAUCCUCACUUCAUGGAAAAAUUCCGAGGAUCCUGCGACUGGGCUUUUCUCCAAUGAAUUAGAUCCAAAUGGGAGACAAUGUAUUAUAAGAUGGAAUAGGACUAAAUGGUUCUGGACUAGUGGAGCUUGGAAUGGGUAUUUUUUCAGUUCAAUCCCCAGAAUGAGUCUGGACAAUUUUUUUAAUCAUAGUUAUGUUGACAACGUUAACAAGAGUUACUACACAUAUUCUCUUAAUAACCGUUUCAUUAAAUCUCGAUAUGUGAUGGAUGUUACCGGGCAAAUUAAGCUGACAUUGUGGUAUAAAGAGAAGUGGAAUUUGUUAUGGUUUCAACCUAUGCAGCAAUGUGAUGUGUAUGCUUAUUGUGGGGCAUUUGGUACCUGCAAUCAGAAUUCAUCGAACUUCUGUUAUUGUUUGCCCGGAUUUAAGCAAAGGUCGGAAAAUGAUUGGAGUUUGAAGGAUUAUUCAGGUGGCAGUGUGAGAGAGAUCAUUUUGAACUGUACAAAUGACAGAAAAGACAAGUUUCUAGCGAAUAACCUUGUUAUGUUACCUUCAAAUUCACAAAGAGUGAUGGCAGGGAGUGCUGGAGAGUGUGAAUCUAUCUGCUUGAGUAAUUGCUCUUGUACAGCUUACUCUUACGAAGACAAUGCAUGCUUGGUUUGGAAAGGUGAACUAAUGGAUUUAAAACUACCCACAGAAAAUAAUGGCAGUAAAAGAACGAUCAACAUUAGACUUUCUGCCUCUGCAUCUCAGUUUUCAAAAAAUAAAAGAAGCAAAUUACUUGUAAUCGGUUCUGUUGCUGUUGUUUUGCCACUGUCGUGAUAUGCAUAUGUCACAAGCAUAAAUCUGGGACUACGAAAGCGGUUGAUGGAUCAUCGUUGGCAUUAAGGUACAAGGACGUGUUGCAAAUUGAAACAAAAAAAUUCUCCAGAUAAUUUAAAGGGUGACAACUAGAGUGGUAUCAGUGUUCCUUUCUUCAGUUGGGAAAGUAUAAUAGCUGCUACCAAGAAUUUCUCAGACAUACAUAAACUUGGACGUGGGGGCUUUGGUCCUGUUUACAAGGGAAUGUUUCCUGGAGGGCAAGAAAUUGCAGUGAAAAGGUUGUCAAGCUGUUCUUUGCAAGGCAUUAACGUAUUUCAAAAUGAGUUUGUAUUGAUUACAAAGCUUCAACACUGAAAC